AUGGGACGCCGGGCGCGACACACGAGUCGCACGGGCGACGGCGGCGCAGAGGUGCGCCUGCGCAAGCAGCAGAUGCACGCGGCGCAGAAGGCGCAUCAGGACGCCGAGCUGACGUUCUAUGACGACCCGUCCGCGAACGAGAGCGACAGUGAGCCGGUGGAGUCGGAGGAGGACGAACUGGCGGGGCAGGAGGUGCUGGAACUGGGCGAAGGAGAAGACGAAGAAGACGAAGAAGAAGACGGAGAGGAGGAAGAAGAAGAAGAAGAGGACAUGGAGAAGGGUCUGUUGUAUGAUGCUGCGGCCGAGCGCAAGACGGCGAUGCAGAUGGAGAGCAAGUGGGGCAAGUCGCGCAAGACGUUUUACUCUGCAGAUACGGCCGAGUACGAGAUCGAGUCGGACGAAGAGGUGGCUAAAGACGAAGAAGAAGCUGCGCUGGAGCUGCAGCGGAAGCAGGCGGAGCUCCUGGGCGACGAGGACUUUGGGAUCGACGCACCGGAAACCGAUGGCGAAGAAGAAGAAGAAGGAGAGGAGGAGGAGGAGGAACAAGAGGUGGCGAACGUGGAGACAACUGUGGACGAUGAGGAGCUCGUGAGCGAGCAGUUGGCGGAUAUCGCAACGCUCGCUGACAAUGGCGUUGGCGGUGCGGAGACCGUGGAACAGGUACACAAGGAUUUCUCCAAGAUGUCGAAGAAGGACAAGCUGCAGAUUGUCAACCAGUCGGCGCCAGAACUGCUGGGCCUUGUAUCCGAGCUCGGCUCGACAACAAGAGAGCUGGCCGAGGUGGUGACACCGGCUGUGCUCAAGCUGCGACCUGUGCGGCGGAAAUCGCGUCAGCUGCAGAUGGGUCUGCGCUACUUGAUGACCCGCCAGAACUUGCUGCUGAACUACUCGGCGAAUAUCUCGUUUUACUUGCUAUCGCGGGCGGAAGGCAAGAGCGUGUCGGACCACCCGGUGCUGAUGCACUUGUUGCUACUCAAGAAACAGCUGAACAAACUCCGGACGAUCGAUGAGGUCUUGAACGACCAGUUGCAGGAUUUGCUCACCAAGGAGCUACCAACUGAGCCCAAGGCAGUGACUGACGACGGCCUUGGACAGUUUUUCACCAAGUCGGACCGCAAACGCAGCUCGGACUCCUGCAAAGCGGCAGCGAAGAAGACAAAGAAGCAGAAGAUGUCGGCAAAGGUGUCAGCCGAAGAGCUGGCAGAAGCCGAGCGUUUCUAUGAGGAGACCGCCCGUGAUCAGGCAGCACUCAAGAAGGCGAAGAAGGACCUAUACACGCACGAAACUCCUGCUCUGGCGUCCAGCGAUGAGGAAAGCGGAGAGACAGGCAAGCGUGGCGCGUCGUACCAGAUCAUGAAGAACAAGGGCCUGAAGGCUCACAAGAGCAAACUUAACCGCAACCCGCGUGUGAAGAAGCGCAUGCAGUACCGCAAGGCUGUCAUUCGAAGAAAGGGUCAAGUGCGCGACGUGCGCGUGGGCGAGGCUGGCAAGUACGGCGGCGAGACCACGGGUAUCAAGUCAAAUCUCUCGCGCAGUCGCAAGAUCCGCAACUAA